CUAAAUUUUGCUUUCUUCUGCCUAUUUGGUCAAGUCUCAUGUUCAACGGCUUCCAGAGAGACACGGUGGACGAUUUGAUUGGGAAGGUAAUUGUAUCCAUCAUAACAAGCCAUUUGACGGUACGGUCCAUAUUUAAUUUUCAAAAACAUGCAUCUGUAAUGCCAAAUGUUUUUUGGCUUGGACAUUGCACAAAAAAUGAACUUUGAAUGAAUAACCGAACGCAUGAUUCAUGUUGAUAGCGCCUAAAAGUUUUCAUACAAGUUAAACCUUCAGUUUGCAAUGGAAAACGAUACGAAGUUAAGAGGCCGAUAGGCAUGAAAUAAAUUGCCAGUGAUCUCUAAAGAGAAGUCAAAUUCGCUCAAGUUAGAGGGAGAGGUAAUGCAUGAUUGCAAUUUAUAAAGGAAAUUGAUUUUAGUGGAGCGUCAUCAGUAAAAAUCAAAGUUCUCUAUAAAUCUGUUCUCCAAUUUCUAAAAAGAGAAAUUGUACGGUUGGGAGAAAAAUUUAGGAAAGAGAGAUCACGUGGGGAGAAAGCCAAACAUAGAGUCAGAGACUGGGUUUCCUAGGAGUAGUAAAUUCUUGAAAGAGUACCAAACUGAUCUGACUCUUUGCUUGGAGCCCAAGCUUUUGGUACAAGAUUUUUUUUGGUAGAGAGAUUUUUUUUUCUGUUACUAUAAAUUAUUAUACUAGUAAAAGUCAAAUAUACCCUGCACCUGAUAUAAAAUUUAAAAUGGGAAUAUGAUAAUGAGACACACGGAUAAUAGGACUCUGCUGGUAUACCUUUGAAACUACCAUUUGAGAUACUCCGUGCAUCUUGAUGCAUGCGAUUUUAUAUUUCACUCAUGUAAAAAUACUUGAAAGCUUUGAUUGACGUCGGACUGCUGAAUUAGCAUAUUCUUGCAUACAAGUAUUCGUUAGAAUUUUUUAGUUUCACGAUAUUGAAUUGUUGUAUUUUGGUAUUUCGAACGUUUAUUUUUUAAAUUACGCUUGUCCAGUCAGCACAAGACAUAUGUUUGUAUCACUUGUAUUACAUAUAAGAUGAUGUUCUACUUUGUCCAAUUUAAAAAACUUGAAAGUCAAAAACAUCUUAUGUGUGGCAGACUUGGGAAAUUCCUGCACCCCAUUCAUUUUGGAAACGGAAUAGUGUCUCUAAAUAAAGCACGUUUUAUGCGAUAGGAAUAUCCUUAAAUUAGGAAAGUUCUUAUGUAAAUUCCACCGCCUUAUAAAAUUGUGCUUGAUAUCACCAUCUCAGUGACUCCUUUUUGGCCAAUUAUUGAGUGUUUUCGGAGUAUCAUGUGGUACUGUCACGCAGUACUCCCUUCAAAUAAAAGAUCGUCACCCUCUCAAUCACCCAACAAAAAUGAAUUAUGUUCAUAAUUACUGCAUAAAUUUUCGUUGCGUAAAUGGUUGAGAGUACUACGUAGGCAACGCCACGUGAUAUUCCGGGAACGCCGAACAAUUACUCCUUUUAGUAGGCUAAACAUUCUUAAAUAUAUAGUCAAGUCAAAACAAAUCAAUUUGUUGAGAAAUUAACUGAAAAGGUGGUGCUAGUCAAUUAUCCUUUUAAGAAAAACUUGGAGUGCAAGUAUCCACCACGAUGAGCGGGGGGUAUUUAAGUCAGUCGAUCCUCUUAUUUCAGAUUUGGGGUGUGAGUGACUUAUUCUCUUCCUUUUAUCGAUUUUUCAGGUAACUUCAAGAGAUUUUUACUCUCACUCUUGAAGCCGCAUUUAAAGAUUCAAACUUUCUCUCUCAUCGUUGCAAAAAUUUAACACAAACGUUUUGUAAUCAAUUGAAAACACAGAGAGAAGUCAGAAGAGGCAGGGCAGUAAUUAAUUGAAAACAGAGAGAAGCAGAAGAGGCAGAACGUUACUUACCUACAACUGCCAACUGCCGGAGCUGCGGUUACUGGUGGAAAUGAGCGCCAAAACGCCACGUGUUGUUCGGAUUUACGUGGCCGACGGGGAUGCGACGGAUUCGUCGAGCGAUGAGGACAAGCCGUUCAGGCGUUGUAACGGAGUGAAGAAACGCGUGACUGAAAUCAGAUUCCAAGCUUGUUGUGAGAACGAUAAAAAUCGUGCUGUUAGCAAGAAGAGGAGGCCAAAGAAAGGGGAGGAGAAUACGGUGAAGAAGCAGUCGGAGAAUGGGACGAAGUACCGAGGCGUGCGGCGGCGGUCGUGGGGGAAGUACGCGGCGGAGAUACGAGACCCAUCGCGGGGGGCUAGGGUUUGGCUGGGGACUUACGCCACGGCAGAAGAGGCGGCGCUGGUGUACGACAAGGCUGCGAUAAGGAUACGCGGACAGAACGCCAUCACGAAUUUCUUGAAAUCUCCGGCACCGGCGGCUGAGAUCAAGGUUGUGUCCAUCACCGGAGGGUAUGACUACGGCGACCUCUCGUCGCCGACCUCCGUUCUGUGUUUCAGUCAUAAGGAAGAAGAAGAAACAGAGCGGUUGAGAAGCGGUGGGGGAUGGAGACCGGCAGAGUCAGCGGCGGAGGCUGUGAGUUUGCCGGACGAUGAUGGUUGCUUGCCGCUGGAUGAAUGCUUCUUGAAUGAUUUCUUCGAUUACCGGUCGCCGUCGCAGGUACUGCUCGAGGAAGUGAUUGGUGACGUGGCGCACCACCCUGUUUUGGGAGGAGAUUUGAGUGAUCUUUCGGGUGGAAAAUUGUACGAGGACGUGAUAAGUCACGUGCCUCCUCAGUCUGGUACUAUGGAGGGUGGUUUCUGUGAUUUUCCACCGGUCAACUUGGAAGAAGAAUUUUGGUCUUGUUCGUGGAACGUGGAUGACUUGCUUAUUUGAACAGAACACCCUCUCCGAUCCGAUGAUGAUUGCUUCUAAAUUGACAAAAAAAGUGUUUUCUUUGCAAGGAAAAUGGAUGGGAAAAUUGGUUUGGGUACAUAUUCGUUUUCUGCUUUGCCAAGAAAAUGUGGGGAAAAUCUGACUAGAUAUAUUCGGUACAUAGGUUUUUUAUUUUAUUUUAAUUUUAAUCGAUCUCUUUGGUACUUUAUCAGUUGUGGUUCUUCUUUCUUCUUCUGUUUUUUUUUUUCUGUUCUAUCUGUGAAUUUGGAGCUGAUUUUGAAGUUUCUUUCCGUA